CACGAUCCAUCCAACAGAGAACAGAACAGAACAGAACCUAUCCACUGACACCGAUUCGAGCCAAACGCAGUCUAGUUCGCAACAAAAGAAAAAUACCAUGCCAGAGAUCAAUCUCGAGACCACCGUCGGGGGCAUCCCGCUCUCUACCUGCGUUUACAAUGCAUCCGGUCCGCGAACGGGGGCUUCCGCCGCGCUGGCCAAGAUCGCCGCCUCUUCGGCUGGUGCCAUCCUGACCAAAUCCGCCACCGUUGAGAAGCAGAACGGAAACCCGCAGCCCCGCAUCUGGCACUCGGGGGACGAUCUCGCGUCCAUGAACUCCGAGGGGUUGCCGAACAGCGGAAUCGACUACUAUCUGUCCAAAACCACCAUCGACGAAACCAUGGAGGGGUGCGGUGGUGCCGCAAAGCCCUACCUGGUGUCGAUUUCUGGUAAAACCCUGGCCGACAAUCUUGUCAUGCUGGACCGGAUAGCGAAGACCAUGGAGGAAGAAAAGAGAAUCGUAGGUGUCGAACUGAAUCUCGCCUGCCCGAACGUGAUCGGCAAGCCGAUCAUUGCGUACGAUUUUGACCAGAUGAGGGACAUCCUCGAGACGAUUUCCAAGAAGAACUACGGUUUCGUGCUGGGUUUGAAACUCCCGCCCUACCUGGACGGCAAGCACCUGCAGCAGGCGGCCGCGAUCAUCAACGAGUACUCGGGAAUGGUCAAGUACGUGGUGAGCAUCAACACCAUCGGCAACGCCCUCAGCGUCGACCCGAUCUCCGAGGCUCCCUACAUUGCCUCCAACAACGGCCUGGCCGGCCUGAGCGGGCCCGCCGCAAAGUUCACGGCCCUCGCGAACGUUCGCCAGAUGCGCCAGCAGCUCGACAGCGGGAUCGACGUGGUCGGAGUGGGCGGGAUCACCACCGGCCGGGACGCCUUUGAGUUUUUGCUGUGCGGUGCCUCGGCCGUCCAGGUGGGCACCUGCCACUGGAAGGAGGGCCCGAAGUGCUUCGACCGAAUCGUGGGCGAGCUGCGGGAGCUCCUGGCGGAAAAGGGGUACGCGAGCGCCAGGGACUGCAUGGGCAAGCUCCGGCCCUGGUCCAAGGAGGGCGCUGCCAAGACGCGGGCCGCCAAGCGGGCCGCGAAGAGCCUGGAGGCGGCCGGGGGGUCCUCCACGGCCACCGCCACGGCCGGAAACACCCACCAGAUCGUGCAGGUCGUUCUGGUGCUCGCCGUCGCGGUGUUGCUGGCCGACAAGCUCGGAACGAUCAAUUUGUAGCGGCGCGGGUGGGCCUUGUUCUCCUCGAGCAAUUUCGAAACCAAUCUACUUUUAAUUUUUU